GGCCAGUUGAUAAAUUAUACAGAUAAAAGGUGACUCACUAGCACGAUAUAAUUUAUCGAUGGUUAAGUGCAAUGUAUCGUAUUCUUGGGUCUGAUUAACAUCACCAACCUCGUGUUCGCCUUUCAUCGUCAUUAUUGCUUUCGGUAGCCGCAAAUUAAUUGAAUAAUUUUUGCAAGUAGAACAAAUAUGUCUGCAAUGGAAGCAUUGAACGUUGAGUCAGCCACUGCCGAAGUGACAGACACACCCCCAACUCCAGCCGGCGACGAAGCAAAGAAACAAAAGAAGCCAAAGCCGAACAACAAAAAGCUGCGACAAGAGGCGGCAGCUAAAGCUCUCGCCGAGGGUGGCGAACCGGAUGCGACAAAUGGCGAUGCCGAGGAGAAAAAGGCGCCAACACAGCCGGCCAAGCCGAAGAAGAACAACAGCAAGGGUAAAAAGGGCGGCAACGGUCAAACAGAUCCACCCACCAUACCCAUUUCGGAUCUGUUCAGCAAUGGCAACUAUCCGGAGGGCCAGAUAAUGGAGUAUCCGACGCCCAAGGAUUUGCCGGAUGAUCGCACUGCCAAGGAUCGAUUUGCGUCCGAGGAGAAGCGCGCUCUCGAUCGCAUGAACAACGACAUCUACAUGGAGCUGCGCCAGGCUGCCGAGGCGCAUCGCCAGACACGUCAGUAUAUGCAGAAGUACAUUAAGCCCGGCAUGACCAUGAUACAGAUAUGCGAGGAACUGGAGAACACCGCUCGCCGUCUCAUCGGCGAGAACGGACUCGAUGCCGGGUUGGCCUUCCCCACCGGAUGCUCGCUGAACCAUUGCGCUGCCCAUUACACGCCCAAUGCUGGCGAUACCACGGUGCUGCAGUACGAUGAUGUGUGCAAGAUUGAUUUUGGCACCCACAUCAAGGGACGGAUCAUCGAUUGCGCCUUCACGCUGACAUUCAACAAUAAGUACGAUAAGCUGCUGCAAGCGGUCAAGGAGGCGACCAACACCGGUAUCAAGGAGGCCGGCAUCGAUGUGCGUCUAUGCGAUGUCGGCUCCGCCAUUCAGGAGGUGAUGGAAUCCUACGAAAUCGAACUCGAUGGCAAGACAUUUCCGAUCAAGGCUAUACGCAAUCUGAACGGACACUCCAUUAGCCCGUACCGCAUUCAUGCUGGAAAAACGGUGCCAAUUGUUAAGGGCGGCGAAUCGACUCGCAUGGAGGAGGAUGAGUUCUAUGCGAUUGAGACUUUCGGGUCGACGGGUCGCGGACUGGUGCACGAUGACAUGGACUGUUCGCAUUAUAUGAAGAACUUUGAUUUACCAUAUGUGCCGCUACGUCUGCAGUCUUCCAAGCAGCUCCUGGGCACCAUUAACAAGCAUUUUGGCACGCUGGCAUUCUGCAAGCGGUGGCUGGAUCGUGCUGGUGCCACCAAAUACCAGAUGGCACUGAAGGAUCUGUGCGACAAGGGCAUUGUCGAGGCCUAUCCACCGCUGUGCGACAUCAAGGGCUGCUAUACGGCCCAGUAUGAGCAUACCAUUAUAUUGCGACCCACAUGCAAGGAGGUCGUCUCGCGUGGUGAUGAUUACUAGUAUCGAAUAUGAAACGAUCGAUCUUCUAUAACAUCAUUUCUGGCAUGCAUUAUACAUUUCUAUAUAUAUAUGUUUGAUUAUGCAUGACUGCAGUUUAUAAGUUCAGCUAAGUUCAUUCAAUUGUUGAAAUUUGUGUGAGUGAAAACAUUUUGAAAAUAUAUACUGUGCAUUAUGCUUAGCAUUCACACUUGAAGAAA